AUGGCCGUCGAAGAUGUAACGGGGCCGUCGUCCCAGCCGUCUUCCUCCUCAUCCAAACGUCUCUCUUACGUCCCAUACCAGCGCAAGUCCCAUCAGAGGAAUGCAUCCAGCGCUUCUCAGGCAUCCGUCCUGACAUCCGAAACGGAAGCAAGGCCCCCGCGUCCUGCAAUAGAUUCUGCACCAGCGUCGCAUCGCUCGAGUCCAAUUCUAUCUUCCAGCAGCAGAAGAGGCAGCGAUGUAGUAGAUCGAAUACCGAUGUCGCCUGCCCCUUCGCGAUCGCAAACGAACCCUUCACGCACGCCAUCUACGCUGAGUCGGCCCGCCGUCGCAUCGCCUUUGGCGCGAGGAGCUGGGCUGGUUCGAUCACAGUGGGAUCUGGAUGCGCCUCCGCCGCCAUUACGAGUAGCAUCAAAGCUUGGUUCGAACAACUCCCAUCCAACAGCAUCUGCCGCCUCCACAAGUACUCACGUGAACCCCUCUCCCUCACUUACACGAUCACCUAGCGGCUCCACAGCGACAGCUUCCAGCUCUUCAACAUCUCGUCCCGACCGCAGUCAGAGCCUGACAUCAACGUCGACUAUUCGCGCGGAAGGGCCUCCUCGCUCGCCCGAAAAGCUUCAAGAGACACCUCGAGCAUCCAACAGGACGCAGCCAGGAACGCCGAGCUCAGCAUCUCGUCCCGCUUCCGCUCGUGAAGACACGAGGCCGAACAAGAUCGUAAAUGGCGGCACGACUAUCGCUUCGAGCGCAGCAUCCAGCAUUCGUGGGUCAAGCAGAACCUCCUCUGCGGUCGCUAGUCCACCCGGUAGUCGAUCCUCGACACCUAUUGUUGGCGCCUCGGGAACGUCGAUUCCAGCUCACGUCAAUUCGUAUGCUGCGCUGCUCGCAGCUCAAUCCAGGCUCGGUCCCAUUCCCGUGCCUCAAGGUGUCGCCCUAGCGCAAGCUUCAGGGGCCAGUGCUUCGCCUGACACUCAAGCCAUGGCGCUACCGAGCAGAGAGGGAAGGCGGACCGCUUAUCGAUCGGGUUUCCAGCCCAAAGGCGUCCUGCGCACUAGGACAGGAGAGUUUGCAGAGCUCAGGCGCAAGGGCAGAAGCGAAGGAGAAAUGGAGGCGCAGCGUAUGGAUCGAAGACUUGCCAAACUCAUCGCCAUUCACUUUGCUCCUCGCCACGAUGCCGAAAAGGCGUCUCUUAGCCCGGCCAAAAAGUCUCUUGGGUCGUCCUUUGCCGACUUGGAUCUGGAUGAGCUGAAGCGUGAUCCGGGUAGCAUCAUCCGCAAGGGUGGCAGCGAGCUGUGGACUUCGUUUCGAGCACGUGGUCGAGGCGAGGAUCCUGCGAUUCGCCAGGCCGAACAGAGCAUCGUCAACUGGCAGGACGACGCCGAUGUCAAGGCCUGUCCUAUCUGCUCGACGCCGUUCAGCUUUACGGUGCGCAAGCAUCACUGCCGCUUAUGCGGGCGAGUCGUCUGCGCUUCUCCUCAUCUUACUCGCCUGACAUGGGCUGAGCAAAUGGCACCAGGCACGGGCAAGAUCCUGACGGCGGAAGAACGCGCUGAACUCGACACUAAAUGCUCUGGCAACAUUGUUGCCGAUCCAAUCACCGGGCGAAUUGAAGAGGUCAAGGAAGGUGCUGCCGCAGCCUCGUCCAAGCCCGGAACCAGCACGGCCCAGUCCAAAGGGGUGCGUAUCUGUCGCGACUGCAAGUCGAUCGUCCGCAAACGGCAGUACAUGAUGAACGAUGAACCGCUACCCGUGUUUGUGAAGCUGUACGAGGCGCUGAUGCGCGUACAGAAGGAGAUCGAGCAGUCUCUACCCGAGUUCCAGGAGAUGGUCCUCGGGCUGCAGAAACAGGACCAGACGGCUGCACUGGGUUCGAGUAUCAAGGCAAACAUCGAGCUGCAGCGCGAUGCUGUGCAGGCCCGCAAGCAGCUUCUGGCCAACUUCGCGACGUACGACGAGCUCGCCAAGCGUAUCCGUGCCUUGCCCGUGGUGGAUCGAGACAGCACAGGAGCAGCGGGCAGCGAUGCAGCGCAGGAGAGGAUCCAGCAUGCCAUCUUUACUCGCGCCAACUUGUUCUUGCAGCAAAACAUGCUGCCGUUGCAGAGCCUGCCCAAACCAGGCAGCAAGAAGGCCGCGCAGGGGGAUGAUGGAUCAGACUCCACAGGCAGCACGCCCAGCUCUCCUCAACCAGCCUCGCCGCGUCUCCAACCAAGGCGAGGAGGCCAGCAUGCCAACAAGGGGUCGGUCAGCUCGCUCGCAAGCUUCCGAACGCUUUUUGCAGGGAGCGGAAGCGUGUCCGGUUCGCUCCGAUCGCUCACACGCAUGGAUCUGGACGAGCAGCUCAAUGGUGACGCAGAUGAGGAUACUGACGGUGUUCUAGCCACUACCGAUCCGGCAGAGCUGAGGGAGCAGCUCAAAGUAUUGCUGGAACAGGAGAAGCUUGUGGCGGACUACGUGGAGAGCGCCGCCAAGGCGCGGAAGUUUGAAGACGCAAAGACGCUCAAAAAGAGUCAUGACGAGCUCUGUAAGGAGAUUCUGAGGAUUCAGCGCAGGCUGGUUGUAGCUGGUAGUGGGCGUUGA